GCGCGCAGCAGGCGGCCGGUGUGCGCCGCGCGGACCGCUGCAGUCAUGGGGCUGCAGCCCUUGGAGUUCAGCGACUGCUACCUCGACAGCCCGUGGUUCCGGGAGAGGAUCCGCGCUCACGAAGCCGAGCUCGAGAGGACCAACAAGUUCAUCAAAGAGCUCAUCAAGGACGGGAAGAACCUCAUCGCCGCGACCAAAAGCCUUUCGGCGGCCCAGCGGAAGUUUGCUCACUCCCUCCGAGACUUUAAAUUCGAGUUCAUUGGCGAUGCAGAGACGGAUGAUGAGCGCUGCAUAGAUGCUUCCUUACGUGAAUUUUCAAAUUUUCUCAAGAAUCUGGAAGAACAGAGAGAAAUUAUGGCACUAAGUGUCACCGAAACCCUGAUCAAGCCCUUGGAAAAAUUCAGAAAAGAGCAACUUGGAGCUGUAAAGGAAGAAAAAAAGAAGUUUGACAAGGAGACAGAAAAGAAUUACAGCCUAAUUGAUAAACAUUUGAAUUUAUCAGCCAAAAAGAAGGACUCACAUUUACAAGAGGCAGACGUCCAGGUGGAGCAAAACCGGCAGCACUUCUACGAACUGUCUCUUGAAUACGUGUGUAAGCUCCAGGAAAUCCAAGAAAGAAAGAAGUUUGAGUUUGUGGAGCCUAUGCUGUCAUUUUUUCAGGGAAUGUUUACUUUCUAUCAUCAGGGCCAUGAACUUGCCAAAGACUUCAAUCACUACAAAAUGGAACUACAGAUCAACAUUCAGAAUACCCGGAAUCGAUUUGAAGGAACAAGGUCGGAAGUGGAGGAGCUGAUGAACAAAAUCAGACAGAAUCCCAAAGACCACAAGCGAGCAAGUCAGUUUACAGCGGAAGGCUACCUGUAUGUACAGGAGAAAAGGCCUGCUCCAUUUGGUUCCAGUUGGGUCAAACACUACUGCAUGUAUCGGAAAGCUGCCAGGAAGUUCAACAUGAUCCCAUUUGAGCACAGAUCUGGGGGGAAACUUGGCGAUGGAGAGGUGUUCUUUGUGAAAGAGUGCACCAAGAGGCAUACCGACUCCAUCGACAGACGGUUCUGUUUUGACAUAGAAGCUGCUGACCGGCCUGGCGUUGCACUGACCAUGCAGGCGUUUUCAGAAGAGGAGAGGAAGCAGUGGUUGGAAGCUCUGGGUGGAAAAGAAGCUCUGUUCCAUAGUUUUAAUAGAGCCAUCGUCCCAAGACCAGAAGGAAGUGCACAGUUGGAUAAGAUUGGAUUCACGAUUCUCAGAAAAUGCAUCAGUGCAGUUGAAACACGAGGUAUAAAUGACCAAGGAUUGUACAGAGUUGUGGGGGUGAGUUCAAAGGUCCAGAGACUUCUGAGUAUGUUAAUGGAUGCAAAAACAUGCAAUGAGUUGGACCUGGAGAAUUCUGUAGACUGGGAAGUAAAAACAAUAACCAGUGCCUUGAAACAGUAUUUGAGGAGUCUCCCGGAGCCCCUCAUGACUUACGAGUUACACGGAGAUUUCAUCGUCCCAGCCAAAAGUGGGAGCCCGGAAUCUCGAGUCAAUGCCAUCCAUUUCUUGGUACACAAACUGCCAGAGAAAAAUAAAGAAAUGUUGGAUAUUUUGGUGAAGCACCUAACGAAUGUUUCCAAUCACUCCAAGCAGAAUCUAAUGACCGUGGCCAAUUUAGGGGUGGUGUUUGGACCAACUCUGAUGAGGCCGCAGGAAGAAACUGUCGCUGCCAUCAUGGAUUUGAAGUUCCAGAACAUCGUCGUGGAGAUCUUAAUUGAAAACCACGAAAAGAUUUUUCGGACCCCGCCCGAUUCCACAUUCCCUGAGCCCCUCUGCCUGUCCGCAUCGCCCCCAAAUGCUCCACCGAGGCAAUCGAAGAGACAAGGCCAGAGGACAAAGAGACCCGUGGCUGUGUACAAUCUCUGUCUGGAGCUGGAGGAUGGUGACAGUCCUAACCCUCCUAAGGACGAGACCCCUACCGGCACUGUGGACUCGCUUUCCUCCCCAUCUCCCACCUCGGCAGCUGUGCCUGGGCCUCCUACACCAGACAAAAACCACCUCCUGGCAGAUGGAGGGAGCUGUGCGGACUGGGCACCCCCUACCCCAAGCCAGACCCGGUCAUCCAUGGUCCAGUGGCUUAACCCACAGUCUCCAACCACUCCAAGCUCCAACCCAGCUGCUACUCCUCCUUCAACCCUGUCAUCACCCUUUGCCCUCCCCCACGUGACCACUGCAGUGGACAAGCCUCCUGAAAGCGUUAUCAGUCGGAAGGCGCGAGCGGUGUACCCGUGCGAGGCAGAGCACAGCUCGGAACUGUCCUUUGACAUCGGAGCCAUCUUUGAGGACGUACAAAGCUCCAGGGAACCUGGCUGGCUGGAAGGGACUCUGAACGGCAAGAGGGGACUGAUCCCACAGAAUUACGUCAAGCUACUGUAGUUCUGGCCCCGGAGCCCCCUGAGCCCCGGCUGACGCUGGCUCCCAGGCACCUUCCGGGGAGCAGCCCACAACCACCUCCACGCUCUCCAUCACCACCAGCACCCCAGGGCCUGGGGAACGGGGCUGGACACCACCGCCCAGAGCUAUAGAUUUGUGGAUCGGGAGAAGAGCGGCAAGAUGAACAGGAUGGACUUCUCAUCUGUCAAGUGUCAGGAUUUGGGAUUCGUAAUCACCCACAGAACAGGAAGGAGGGCUGCCUUGUGGACCCGCCCCCUGCCACUCCCACUGGUGAUCACACUGUCAGACCUGCAAAGGAUCCCGCCCCCUACAGCGCACCUGAUGCUGAGACUGGACAAGGGACUGCACGCCUCACAGUGUUAGGCUUGCAGGGUGCACGCUUGGCUGUGGUCGCUGUGGUGCGGUGAGGGCUGUCCCUGGUGCCGGGCACUUGGUCUUGACCCAGAGGAGGCAGAGAUGCUCAUUUCAAGCCUGCUCCUUCCUUGAGGGCCAGCAGCGGAGCCCACGCCCACUCCACCCACAGAGCACUCCGGCGUAUUUAUGACAGGCUUCAUGUUGGUGCUCCUCACCUGUGUGCUGUCUGCCCAGUGCCACCUUUCUGCCCCCAAGGUCUUUGUCCAUGAAAUAAAACAGAUUUGCUACAUGGUGUGUCCAUCCCACU